AUGAUGCUCGAUCGAGUUUGAGAGACUGCAGCCUGCCAAGUGUGAUGAGGAAACAGAGGAGGAAGAGGAACUCUGCAUGGCUGACAACGCACACCUUCGCCAACCAUACUCCCCAACUUUUGUGGAGUGAGAAACUCCGCCAUUAAAGCUUCACUCGGAGCCUCUGGACGUGCGUGUGCGUAAGACAGAAAGAGAGAGAGGGAGAAGCCGAGAAGAGACAGAAAGCCAAUGGCGGAGAUGAAACCAGCGUUUGCGUAUACAGUGGUAUACGUAAAGGACGUCGCCAGAUCGAUCGCCUUCUACGCCGACGCCUUCGGCUGCCAUGUCCGCCGCCUCGACGAGUCUCACAGGUGGGGCGAGCUCGAGAGCGGGCAGACGACGAUCGCGUUCACGCCGGCGCACCAGCGGGAGACCGACGAGGUCGCAGGAGCCGUGGCGGAUCCGGCCACCGACAAGAGGAGGCCGCCGUUGGAGCUCUGCUUUGCCUAUCCUGACGUCGACGCCGCAUACAAGAGGGCGGUGGAGAAGGGAGCGGUGGCGGUGAGCCAACCGGAGGAGAGAGAAUGGGGGCAGAAGGUAGGGUACGUGCGUGACAUCGACGGCAUCAUCGUCCGCAUGGGCAGCUACGUGAGGCCACCCGCAUCGCAUUGACUCUCUCUCUCUCUCUCUCUCUCUCUAAGAAGUAGAAGUUUUAAUGGUUUACAUUUGGGGAGAUGUGAAACAAUAUGAUAUGAGUGAAAGAAUGAGUGGUUUGUGUAUAUUUCCUCUGUUCCAGGUACCAACUUGUAGUAUGUAACUGCAACUGAUCUUUUAAAUAAAAUGUAGU